GGACAACUUGACAAGGCUCACGAACUUUUAAAAGCAUUCUGUUUAUUGUGACAGAUUUUGGGACAUAAACUAAGGUCUGCUAGUCUCCUCCGCAGUGCCCAGCGGUCGGAGUCACGAAGCCCUCCCGCGCUAUUUAGUAUUUGUUUUCUGGUUUCGAAUACCCAAGGAACAUUUGAAACUACCUUCACAAGCGUCUACAAGUCAAUGGAGCCCUGGAAACUAUUUGGUAUAUUACUUUGUUGCGACGUCAUGGUUGCUAUGGCAGCAACAGGAGCCCACGCUCCUUGUCCGCGGCCAGCGGUGGGUACCUGCACCUGUGUGCAGACUGGUUCCUACACGAAUGUCAAGUGUCUGGGUCUGGACGAGUUUCCACUCGAUGUGCCAAUCAAUACAACAAGUCUGACGAUUAACAAUGGAGCUAUACGAUUUGUUCCUCGAGAUUAUCUACAGCAGUUUAAAUAUCUACAAACUUUAGACCUUCAAAACAACAAGAUUUCAAAUGGGUUUAGGCUCCCUGACAAUAUGUGGAAUAUAAAUCUAGCAAGCAAUCAGUUGAAAUCGUUGGACCUGUGGGGAAUGAUGGACAAUCUACAUCGCUUGAAGGCUUUAUAUCUUGAUUACAACCCUCUCAAGACCAUCAAACCGUUAACAUUCGCAAAUCUUUCGUCUCUUAUGAAUCUCCAUAUUUUGGGAUGUAAACUUGAAGAUAUCCGAGAAGGAACCUUUCAAGGACUGCGUUCAUUAGGAAAAUUAGAUUUGAGAGAAAACAAGAUCCGUGUUUUGAGGAAAGGGGUCUUCAAAGGGAUAGUAGGCAACGAGUUUCAAAGGCUGGCUAUAACCUUACAGUUAAAUUCAAUAUCUAAAAUAGAAAAAGGAGUCUUUGAAGACGUAGCGGGUAUCACAAAGCUAGACCUCAGCGUGAAUAAGUUGGUCUCGUUCCCAGACCUCCAAGGUCUUGCAGAAAACGUGGAGAACUUAAAUCUACACAGUAAUCUCAUCUACGAUCUGACCCAGCUCGGCUCUAUGCGAGUAAAAACAAUCACCCAAUUAGAUCUGAGUUAUAACAAAAUAAGGACGAUAACCUCCAAGACGUUCAAUGCCGUCAAUAUCAGAAGGACGUUGAAUUUGGCAAACAAUGAGAUAACGAGCAUUCCUGAGGGAUUCUUGGAAAACUCACCUCGUCUCAAUGAACUAUUUCUUCACCAAAACAAAAUUCAGCACAUUCAUCAACACGCUUUUCGUGGAAUGAACAACUUACAGGGACUCUAUUUGUUCAAGAAUAAGAUAAAGUCUCUUUAUGACGAAACGUUCUCUGGGUUAGUUCUUUCGAAUUUGUUUUUACACAGUAAUAUAUUUGUCAAUUUGACUGGUACGCCAUUUAAGGGAAUAAAGAACGCAGCGGCAAACGUGUACCUCUUCGCGAAUGGCGUGGCCCACAUGAGCAAUGACUUUCUGAGUGGACUUGCGAAAAAAGCUAGCGUUGCCGUUGACUGCAAGACCUUACUGGAUUUGCCACAUCUUGGAAUAGAGUCGCCUCAAAUAGUAUGCGCACCGUACCACCUGAGUUGGGUAGUUGGUCAGAGGCAUGAAGUCGCAAUGGCACUGCGCAAAUCUGGUUUUCGUUGUGAGAUGCGAUAUGUAGAUGACUGGGACUGCAUCCUGUGUUCAGCUGGGACAUAUGGCGACGAAGAAAAAGAGAACUGCGUCACGUGCUCCGCAGGUGGCUUCUACCAGGACGACAUGGGUCAGUCGAAAUGCAAGGAGUGCAACAUGGGUACGUUUGUACACCCUAAUAACACCCCGGCCACCUCGCCCACCUCAUGCCAAGCCUGCCCACAAGGUACCAAUUCGGGCGACAAAGCCAUGUACAGAGCUUGUAGUUGUUUGCCCAACUUCUACCGGCUUGAUCGAUUCGGCCGAUGCAGCCCUUGUCCUGAUAAGAGCCUCAAAUGCGAGGACGACUACGCAAUCCUGGUCAGCGGUUACUAUUGGAAAUGGACCAAUCAAUCAAAACGAGUCCAGUAUGACAGCUUUAUUUUAAACUUGUUAGUCAAGAAUAGCACGUUCCAGACAGGUGUCACUGCGUUCAGCGGUAGCUUGCCGGCUCGGUUCAAAUGUCCGCGCGACUCUUGUUUGGGUGGACUAGACUCUACAUGCAAGGAAGGGUAUCAAGGGCCUCUUUGCGCAAUCUGCAAAAGCGACUACUUUGACAGGAUGAAUAGAUGCAUCCACUGCCCGUCCAAGCUGCGGGCGUCAUUCCAGAUUCUCGGGGUUACUGUGGCAUUUGUCCUUGUGUUGUUGGCUGUCCUGUGGGGAGACAAGAAGAAAAUUGAUCACAGCAGGCGGACCGUGGCGGAUGUGAUUUUGUCGUGUUUUAAGAUUGUCGUCGGUUUUUAUCAGGUGAUGGCUGGCAUGUAUUCGGCCUUCACCAACAUCCAAUGGCCUUCAUCUGUUGUCUGGAUGCAGAAGACCCUUCACUACAUUCAACUCAACAUCCUCGAGAUAGCGCCUAUCAGCUGCUUGACGGAAAUACUCGCCUUCGACGCGCUACAACAGUUCGCGCUUGUGCUGUCAAUCAACGUGAUUGUCGUGGCGUUGUUCCUAGUCUACCUCGGACUUAGGAUCAGGGUUAUUCAGAAGAAGAGUGCCUGGGACCAAGCAAAGAAGUACGAAAACGUGGCUGGAACCAAAAGUUCCUGUAUCAGAAACAUUUGCGUCUUCCUGUUCGCCACGUACCCAACGACCUGCACCAAGAUCAUUCAGAUUCUCCCACCGAACUGCGUUCAGCUGUGCUUCGAAUCCACGCAUGCGCACUGCACAAGCUUUCUCCGCAGCGACUAUUCAGUGCAGUGCCACACGCAUGCGUACAAUAUCUACUGGCGGGUCGCGGCAGGGUGGCUAGUUUACCCGAUUGGGUUCCCUAUGGUCAUCCUAAUCUUAGUGUGGAAAUACAUCAGACAACCGCAGGUCAACCGUGGUCAGAAUAACCAGGGUACAGAGCAAGAUAGUCUGAAUGACCCUCAAGAGCUAGGGCAGCUAAUUGCCAAUGAGCGUGUUCGUGCAAAUGCCAUCUGCUACGCCCAGCCGCGCGCGGAGCCUAGCGUUCGAUCAGGGCUGACAUUGUUUUACGAGAACUACAAACCUGAGUGCUGGUACUGGGAAGCAGUCGAGAUGGGCCGGAAGUUGAUUUUGACUUCCGGUCUGGCGCUGAUUGGUGAACAUAGUCGCACUCAGGUUGGUCUAGGGGCAAUCAUCUCGGCGCUGUUUGCUAUUAUGUAUGUUUACCUGCGGCCCAUUGCCGACCAAUUCGAGAACAUUCUCCAAACAAUUGCUCUGAUGGCGAUUUUCUUGAAUUUGAGCAUUGGCGUCUUGCUGAAGACCCCGGAUGACGAGGUGUCGGCGGUUAUCAACCAUCAAAAUGAUGACGUGGGCGUUUCUGUGAUGCUCAUCUUUAUCAACACUGCCGUAAUUGGCAUUGUCGUAGUGGCAUGUCUGAGGAUAAUAAUCAAGCACGUCUACCGAUGGUGCAAAACAGAGGAUCGCCCUGGCUGUGCAGACUGCUGGAGGAUUUGCCUUAGCCUCGUCCUGCCGUGCCGACUGGGGUCAAACCACACGUCACGUGACUACCAAUAUAACAUCAGCCUAUUGGAUGACGCUCGAACACGUGAGUGCUAGCGUCAGACCACAAGUCAUGCGACUGCCAAUAUAUCAUCAAAUACUGCCAAUAUAACACCUU